GGCACAUUGGACUGGGUCGCCGGAGGGGCCGGUGGGGUAGAAGAGCGAGAGCGGAAAGCGGGAGGGGUUGAAGUCGGAGAGCGAGUGGCGGCGCGAUUCGGAGGGGCGGCAUGGGGGCAUCCGGCCGGAAGGGGCUUUGGCUGGGGACUGUGAGCUGUACCCUGUUUCUGGCUGUUAACAGCUUGUAUUCUUCAAGUGACGAUGUUAUAGAGCUAACACCAACAAACUUCAACAGGGAAGUCAUUCAGAGCGACAGCUUGUGGCUAGUAGAGUUCUAUGCUCCAUGGUGUGGCCACUGCCAGAGACUAACACCAGAGUGGAAGAAAGCAGCAACGGCUCUGAAAGGUGUUGUCAAAAUAGGGGCAGUUGAUGCAGAUAAGCAUCAGUCGCUAGGGGGUCAAUAUGGUGUCAAAGGAUUUCCUACAAUCAAGAUAUUUGGUGCCAAUAAGAACAAAGCAGAAGAUUAUCAAGGGUCCAGGACGAGUGAUGCUAUCGUUGAUGCCGCUUUAAGUGCUCUCCGGUCGCUGGUAAAGGAUCGCCUGGGAGGCAGAGGAAGUGGAUACACCUCUGGAAAACAGAGUAGCCGUGACAGUGGAGGUUCAGGCAAAAAGGAUGUGAUUGAGCUGACGGAUGAUACCUUUGAUAACAAUGUCCUGAACAGCGAGGAUGUCUGGCUGGUAGAGUUUUAUGCUCCUUGGUGCGGACAUUGCAAAAACUUGGAGCCAGAGUGGGCAGCAGCCGCAACUGAAGUGAAGGAGCAGACAAAUGGAAAAGUUAAGUUGGCUGCUGUCGACGCAACAGUGAACCAGGUGUUAGCGAGUCGAUAUGGAAUCCGUGGGUUUCCUACAAUCAAAAUCUUCCAGAAAGGAGAAAACCCUGUUGAUUAUGAUGGUGGAAGAACAAAAUCGGACAUCGUUGCUCGUGCUCUGGACCUCUUCUCAGAGAAUGCACCACCACCUGAACUCCUCGAGAUCAUUAGUGAGGAUGUUUUGAAGCAAACGUGUGAUGCCCACCAGCUUUGCAUCGUUUCGGUCUUGCCCCAUAUUCUUGACACAGGAGCCGCAGGGAGAAAUUCCUACUUGGAGGUCAUGUUGAAAAUGGCAGACAAGUACAAAAAGAAGAUGUGGGGGUGGCUGUGGACAGAGGCUGGUGCCCAGUCUGAUCUCGAAAACUCCUUGGGAAUUGGAGGGUUUGGAUAUCCCGCCAUGGCAGCAGUUAAUGCCCGAAAGAUGAAAUUUGCACUCCUCAAAGGAUCUUUCAGCGAGCAAGGGAUAAACGAGUUCCUGAGGGAACUCUCUGUGGGUCGAGGAUCCACAGCGCCCGUAGGAGGAGGGGCUUUCCCUAAGAUUAACACAGUAGAGCCGUGGGAUGGCAAAGAUGGUGAGCUGCCAGUUGAAGAAGAUAUUGAUCUCAGCGAUGUCGAUCUUGACGACUGGGAUAAAGAGAAGGAUGAAUUGUGAGACCUUGAAGACGUUUUGUUUCUUGAGGGACUCUGGGCAGUGGUUUGACAGGACAUUGCUUGACAUUCUAAGGACGUGGCAGUCAUCUUGUCGUUGAGAAAGGAGUCGGCUGUUGAGAAUGCAGUCAAUUGCGUGCCUCUCAAGAACAAAAGAGCCCAAAAAUUCUAUGAAUUUUUUUUUGUAUGGAGUAAAACUGAUUGUAUUCUGUGCAACAGAUUAUCUUGAGGGCAACACUGGUCUUUCACUGAAAUACUCUUUUUAUUUUGGCUUUUGUCCAGCUGGUAUGUGGUGGUUGAUGGUGACUUGAGACUUUUAUUGUAACUAGUUUUGAAAAUGUGGUCACUUUUCCCUUUCUGAAAGCGAGUUGCUCUAGCCUCCCAUAUCAAUGAAAGAAUAAAACCAUAUUUUUGA